AUGUUUCGUUUGAGGGAACUCUGGCAAUCAAAAAUCCCUCCAAACGAGGAGUUCAGUCCCGAUGCAUGCGUUUCUUUUGAGUUGGGAAACACACCAUUCAUUGCAACAGGCAGCUUUUCGGGUACAUUAAGAUUUUAUUAUCCAUCAAAAGCAGAUAACGGUAUUCCAUUUACAGAAAUAAAAAUCAAAAACCCUAUAUUACAACUCCGAUAUGGUAUUUUCUUAAAACCAGAGCAAUACGCCCUUGCUGUUCUUCAACCAAAUUUAAUAACGUUGUAUAGCUUACAAAUCACAGAUAAAACAAUGGUCACGACAGAAAUACAAUCAUCCAUUCUCUCUCAUUCAGCAUUUAACUUCAUUGCAACUCAAAUUGAUGGAUUAACAUCUCCACCUUCGAUUAUUGUUCAAUCACUUGAUGGAUUCCUUACCAUUAUAACAGCCAAUGCUGCCGAUACAUAUCCUAUUCCUCAUUUCUUUUUACCUGGUCCUUUCACUUAUAUUCCGUUACUUGAGUCCUUUAUAUUUGCUGCUGCAGAUUACAAGGUUAUUUGUUACAGAAAGAACGUUAUUUUCGCAAAACAAGCCGCAGAAGCCAACGAAGAGUGGAGUUACGUGAUUGGCGAACAAGUCGUCUCAAUUCAUGCAUGGAAACGAGUUGUCAAACAUGCAGGAGCAUCAAGCUUCGAUAUAGGUAUUGUUGGCGAGCGAACUCUUGCCGUCUUAACAGAUAAUGGCAGAUUAAAGACAUUAAUGAAACACAACGGCAAUACGAUUUGUUCUUACGCAUAUCAAGCAUCUCCAGAACAAAACAAAGUCUGUAACAACCUAAUUAUCGGCUGCGAAGACAAAACAUUAAGUAUUUAUAUAAAUUUCAAAAAAGUUUGGCAGCUUUCAUUAAAUGUUGUUCCUAUAUCAUUAAAUGUCGUUAAUAUACCUCCAAACAAUGGUUUGAUCUCAUUUAUGGACUUCGAAGGAACAUUAUCUGUUGGAUAUCUUGGAACUCACGAAUCCGGAGAUCUCGGACUUCCUGCAUUACCACGUAUCACUAAGGAACAACUUAAAGACCACAUGAACAAAGUUAACCAGAGAAUUAGCGAAAUUCCGACAGCCGACCACUUACAACUUUUUGUAAAUGUUUCAAGGGCUUCUCCAUCAAUUAUUGAACUCGUUUUCCAGUCAAACCAACCAGAACUGAAGAACGUAAGGUGCUACGCAGAUGUACCACUCUCAAUCAAUAGAGUUGAGCCAAUAUUGGUCGGAAACAUGUCCCAAGAAGAACAAACUUUUCGCAUGAAUUUUGUCACUUCACUUUGUCCGGCCAGUUAUCUUUCUGUUACAUUAAAUGCAUUGUUUGAAACUAAGGAAGGUCGCAAUCUGUCCAAAUCAGUAAAAUUCGAUAUCCCAUUCGAGUUGUACGUAAAGAGAUGCGAGCCGAGAGUUAAAAUGCCUGUUUCUGCAAUUGUUUAUGCCAAUGGAGAAUUCAUUACAUUAGUUCAAGCUUUCUCUAAUUUUGUGUUACCUGAAAAACACUCGUUUAGCUUUGUUUUGGCAAACGGAGAUGUCGUGUCUCUAAGUGAAGAUUCAAAGAACAAAAGAUACAGAAUUGAAGCAGAAACAUUUGAUAAAUUGGCUUUUCCUUUGAUAGCUUUACAAAAAUCGUUAUCGUCCACAAAAACGACUCUCAAAUACAAAGAUGCCAUUCAAAUUAAUUUGUUUAAUGACAUCGUGAUUGAGCAUCAUAAACUAAGAGUAAAGGAACGUGACUUGAAGAAGAAGUUACAUGAAUCAGUGAACGAACUCGAGCAUGUACAAAAGGCUUUGAUUUCUAGAUACGAAGCGGCAACUCCUGAACCUUUAGAUGAUUUGAAUUCUUUGUUGUCAAAUGUGACAAGUGAUCUGAAAAAUUUGACAAAAAUGAUUGAAGAAAAUCAAGCCGAACUUGAGAAAUUGGAUGGAAGAUUAGAAGCAGGUAUAACAACACUACAAACAUUGUUGUUAUUAUCUAAUGAUUUCGAACAAAACAAACAAGAUUUGAUUCAAAAUGUAAUUCCAAGAAGAUGCCAAAAUAUGACACCUGGAUGGGAAGAAUGUGCUUAUGCUGCUUUGUCGUACGUCUUGGAAGUACUUACAGGAACAAAACAAAGUACUGCAUUUGGUGCUGAAGCGGAGUUCUUGAAUAACGUCGAAUCAUUGACAAACUUGUUUAUUUCGCUUGUUGAAAAGCUCGGAAAGGUACCUAAGAAGUAA